AAUUCAGUGCAGCAGGUCCUGCUCAGCCAAAGAUGCCUGUCACAUCCACCCUAGGAAUGGUCAGCAAGGAAAUGCAGCAACCAAGGUGUGAUUGGACUGGGGAGACUCUCACUGCCUACAAUCUGCUGUGAUUCCCUCUUGGAAGAUAAUCCACUGCAUUGGACAAUAUUCCUGUAGAUCAAUGUUAAGGGAUCGCUUACACUUGAGAAGAACUACUGAACAGCACGUGCCAGAGGUCGAGGUCCAGGUCAAACGUCGAAGGACAGCCUCACUGAGCAACCAAGAGUGUCACUUGUACCCACGACGUUCUCAGCAACAGCAAGUUCCUGUGGUGGAUUUCCAGGCAGAACUAAGACAGGCAUUCUUAGCUGAGACACCAAGAGGUGGUUAAAGCAGUAUUGCAACUUCAAGGUGGUGGAAUUCAAGGAAAACAGGACCCAUCCGCUGUUUGUGAAACUUUGGUCAAGCUUACAUUGUUUGUUAAUAGCCUGCAUCGAACCUUUAUUUAUAGCCCUUCCCCAAGUUUUAAGGAUCUUGAAAUUUUAGUGUUGACAACGGCUAUUGUGGAACAGCAAUCAUGACUGUGGGUAAGAGUAGCAAGAUGCUGCAGCACAUUGACUAUAGAAUGAGAUGUAUCCUGCAAGAUGGGAGAAUCUUCAUUGGCACCUUUAAGGCUUUUGACAAGCAUAUGAAUUUGAUCCUCUGUGAUUGUGAUGAGUUCAGGAAGAUCAAGCCAAAGAAUGCAAAACAGCCAGAACGUGAAGAAAAACGGGUUUUGGGUCUCGUCUUGCUACGUGGGGAGAACUUGGUUUCCAUGACUGUGGAGGGCCCACCUCCUAAAGAUACUGGCAUUGCUCGUGUGCCUCUUGCUGGCGCUGCAGGUGGCCCUGGGGUUGGAAGAGCAGCUGGCAGAGGAGUACCAGCAGGUGUACCUAUUCCCCAAGCUCCUGCUGGAUUAGCAGGCCCUGUCAGAGGAGUUGGAGGCCCAUCCCAGCAGGUCAUGACCCCACAAGGAAGAGGCACUGUUGCAGCUGCUGCUGUUGCUGCUACUGCUAGCAUUGCAGGAGCCCCAACCCAAUACCCGCCAGGACGGGGAACUCCACCUCCACCUGUAGGCAGAGCAACCCCACCUCCAGGCAUUAUGGCUCCUCCACCUGGUAUGAGACCACCCAUGGGCCCACCCAUUGGGCUUCCCCCUGCUCGAGGGACACCUAUAGGCAUGCCUCCUCCAGGAAUGAGACCCCCUCCACCAGGAAUUAGAGGCCCACCUCCCCCAGGAAUGCGCCCACCAAGACCCUAAGAUACAGUUGAUAAAUCUCAGCCCUUCUCUUCCCCUACAAUGCUUCUUGUGAAAUUGUGUACCUGCAAGCUUUUUGACCCCUCUUACUGCAUUAACUAUAGAUAAUAAAUACAUAGAGCAAUUCAUUUGGGGUUUUUCUUUGUCUGCUGAUUUUGUUAGUUAGAGUGAAACCAAAUGUGUUUUAGUGGUGAAAUUAUUGUUAAAGAUUACUAUAUUAAGUUUAUAUUAACUAAACACAGAUAAGACAUUUGCUCAAGCUAGUUUCUUAGGAUCAGAUGGUUGAAAUAUUUUCCUGAUUUCUGACAUUGACUUCAAGCAUUGGCUCAAAACCUUACAGAUAAGAAAAAUCAAGAUCCAUUUGCUAAGAUUUACAAGCCAUUCCGGUCAAUUAAAUAUGUUUCGCUUAACGGUGUGUGAAGAUACUUAAUCAGAUAUUUAAAUUCACAUCAUUUAUGGCACUGGUAUGUCAUUAUUGCUUAUGAAUUAAAACAUGGAAUGCAGGGUAUUUUCCAAUCUUCCAAACAUAUUCUAUUACUUAGCAGUCUAUCCUAUGUUUACAAAUAUACAUACAUCCAUAUACACACAUACGCAUGCAUUCCAUGCAUGCACACGCACACACACAGACAUUUAUCAUGUACUGGGUCCAUUUUGGUUUUAGUUUGUACAUACAUUUGUUUAGGUUCAUUAAUUAGUAUUAAAUAAAUUAUAAAAUGUUUUUCCUGAAGAAUACUCAUUCUCAGAAGUGAAUGAUAUUUCAUGUGUGUGGGGCCUUAUGAAAUUUCCAGUAUCCAUGUCAGUAUGUCUGGUGAUGGUAUUGCGCAGCUUCUUUCAUGUCUAGGAGUUGCUAAUUAACCCUCCCUCCCAUAUUCUGGAGGUUGGUAAACAGGAGGCUCUGAUAUUUGGAUGUGAGUGAUGACUACAAAUUUGAAGAAAAUCUAUGAUCUUAUUCUUGAGCUAAAAGUGACCACUCAGAGGUGAGUUGUGAAAUGAACAUUGUUUUGCUAGUGUAAAUAUCAGUCUAAACUAUGGAUUAUAGAUGAUUAAAAACACUUUUCUUAAGAAUUUUUACAAGUUAGAAUUUACAUCAGCAUGCCAGUCUAUAAAUGUCUAUGGAAGAUCUUUUGAUGAGACAUCUUUCAGUUUCCAUUUUAGGGGAAUUUGAUGCAAGGUCUCAUAUAGCCUAGCCUUACCUCACAUUUCCCUUAUGGGCAAAGAUGACUGCACUCUCAUCCUUCUGCCUCAAUAUACUAAGUUCUAGUAUUACAGCUAUUUCUAUCAUGCCCUACUUCAUCCUAAUUCUAAUAUAUAGAUGAGCACAUGCGUCCUAAAACAGUUUGAUAUUAGCUCUCUGAUUUCUUAAUAUGCAUAGUUAUUUUUUAUGAACCCUUAAAUAAUUUGACAUCAUUUAUCUUUCUUUACCAGAGCAUGAAGAAGCUUAUUAUAGAAACAAUAUGACACAAACACACAUUGGAACGAGUUUUUGUAUGUAGGAUAGUUCAGCCUAGCAUGUAUGAAGGUGUGUUUGAUUCCAAAAAAACAAACCAAUUGCAUUGGUGCAUACUGGAAAUUGAGGCAAGGAGAUCAGUAGUUUCAAGGCUAUAUAAUGAAACCCUGUCUGAACGUCAGAAUUUUGAGGAUUACUUGGAAAAUAAAGAUUUUCCACUUUUUAGUCAUUAAUUAUUAUAGCUUAAUUUUUGAAAGAUUGUCUGUUUAUGUAUUGGAAACUGGUUUCCUAGAGACUAUUAUGUAUAGUAGGAUAUUGGUGGUGGAAGUGAAUUGCACAAGUUAUAAGAUACAAUGAAAUAAUUGUCUAAUAUUUUACAGACUUGCUUCUGUUAUCUACUGAUUUAAACAGGUUCAUUCAGUUAAAAUUUUGAAAUUGCUUCUUAUUUCUUUUAUCACCUUUCAAAGAAGCUGUUCAUUCUUUUUCUUUAUAUGUGUCAUCAGAACAUGAAUUUUAUAAAAUGUAUUAAAGCCUGCUUUUUGUAGAUCAGUAUCCAAUUCUGAAAUAUGUUAUAUCUGUAUUCAUAUUA